AUGAACGCCGGGGGCCCCUUCCGCGGGCCGCCCGCCUUCCCGCCGCCGCUGCGCUUCGGGCAGGCCGCCGUCUUCGGGCAGGGCGGCGCUGCCGCCGGCCUCCCCUUCGCCCCCGGGCCUGCCGCCUUCGGGCCGCCCUACGGGCUAGGCCAGGCGCCGGCCUUCGCGGCGGCGGGCAGCAGCGGGGCCCCGGCGGGCAACGCGGGGUUCAGCUUCAAGCCGCCCACCAACCUGGGCAGCUUCCCGGCGCUGGGCGAGGCGCCCGGCGGCGGGACCUUCGCGGCGCCCGAGUUCCGCUUCAAGGCGCCCGAGAACGCCGCUGCCGCCUUCAAGCCGCUGGCGGGCGGCGAGGCGGAGAAGGGCCCGGCCGCCCCCGCCGCCUUCACCUUCUCGCCGCCUUUCGGCUUCGCGCCCGAGGCGGGCCCCGAGGCGGCGGCUGCGGCGGUGGGGGAGCCCUUCUCCUUCUCGCGUCCCGCCGCCGCCCUGGGCCGCCCGGAGGAGAAGGGCCCGCGGCCGCUCUUCGAGGAGCCGGGGGAGCCGGCGCCCAAGGGCCUGAAGCGGAAGGAGGAGCGGGAGCGCUCGCCGCGGCGGGCGGCGGCGGGCGGGCGGGCGGCGGUGGCGCCGCCGGAGAAGCGGGCGGUGCUGCUGAGCCGCCCCCGCGGCGGCGCGCUCUUCGGCCGCACGCUGCAGGAGGUGCUGCGCAGCCAGGGCCGCGGGCACCGCGACCGCGGGGACGCCGCCGAGCCCGAGCGGGGAGCCGCCGAGGAGCCGCCGCCGGCCGAGGCCCGGGAGUCCCCCCGGGAAGAUGCCGCCCCCGUGGCCCCCGCCCGCCGGGCUCGGGGCAGCGAGAGCACGGAGGGGCUGGGGGGCCUGUCGCCCGGCGAGCUGACGGCCAUCCAGUGCAAGAAUGUCCCCGAUUACCUCAACGACAGGACGGUGCUGGAGAAGCACUUCGGCCAGUUUGUGAAAGUCCGGCGGAUCAUGACCAGGCGCAAUAAAAAAAUGGCUGUUGUCCACUUCUUUGAUCAUGCCUCUGCAGCUCUUGCCAGGAAAAAAGCAAAAGAAUUACACAAAGACAUAGUAACAUUUUGGCAAAAGAAGAAAACAAGUCCAGCGAAGAGAGAAUUUUCAUCCAAGGAGAAGAAAGCAGGUGAAGAUGAAGGAAGGCAAAGCAGUGAAGAGCAAAACUAUCAGCAUUCCCCUCUUCGAAAACCUUUAAUAAGAUCCUCUGCCAGCAGUGUCAUGCCUGGUAAAAGUUCUCCAGCAAAGAAGCCUGGUCUUCGAAAAGCGCUGCAGUUUGAAGCAGAUCUGUUUGAUUCUAGUUCUGAAGGGCAGAGCUCAGAGGCCUUGGGAGCUUCAUUGUCAUCUCUUGGUAACCUGGUAGGAUUAGUGGCCGAGACAUCUGAAGAAAGAUACCGUCUUUUGGACCAAAGGGACAAAAUCAUGCGACAAGCUCGAAUAAAAAGGACCGAUCUUGGCAAAGCAAAAACUGUUGUUGGCACUUGCCCAGACAUGUGUCCUGAAAAGGAGCGCUACAUGAGGGAGACGAGAAACCAGCUCAGUAUCUUUGAAUUGCUUCUAGGAUCUGACAAGGUAGAUCAUGCGGCAGCAAUCAAGGAAUAUAGCAGGUCUUCAGCAGAUCAGGAGGAACCUUUGCCCCAUGAAUUGAGACCCUCUGAGGUGCUGAGCAUGACCAUGGACUAUUUAGUGACAAACAUUAUGGAUCAAGGAGAGGGGAACUACCGAGAAUGGUAUGACUUUGUCUGGAACAGAACUCGUGGAAUAAGAAAGGAUAUAACCCAGCAACAUCUCUGCAAUCCGCUGAUGGUGUCUCUGAUUGAGAAGUGCACUCGGUUUCACAUCCAUUGUGCUCACCACUUGUGUGAAGAGCCCAUGUCCUCCUUUGAUGCCAAAAUCAACAAUGAGAACAUGACUAAAUGUCUGCAGAGCUUGAAGGAGAUGUAUCAGGACCUGGCUAACAAGGGGAUUUACUGCAAGAGUGAAGCAGAGUUCAGAGGUUAUAAUGUCUUGCUGAACCUCAACAAGGGUGAUAUUCUCAGAGAAGUACAGCAGUUUCAUCCAGAGGUUAGGAACUCUCCUGAAGUUAGAUUUGCAGUUCAAGCUUUUGCUGCCUUAAACAGCAACAACUUUGUGAGGUUUUUCAAGUUAGUGCAAGCAGCUUCCUAUCUGAAUGCCUGUCUGUUACACUGUUAUUUCAACCAGAUUCGUAAAGAUGCUCUCAAAUCUCUCAAUAUUGCCUACACUGUGAGCACCCAAAGAUGCACAGUGUUUCCCUUGGAUCACCUGGUCCGCAUGUUACUGUUCAAAGAUUGUGAGGAAGCAACCGAUUUUAUAAGUUAUUAUGGCCUGAGUGUAUCUGAUGGUGCUUAUGUGGAACUGAAUCGCUCAGCUUUCUUGGAGCCAGACGGAUUACCCAAACCACAUAAAUCGAUGUUUGUCAGCCAGAAGCUAACUGUCUCGGUUGGGGAGGUUGUAAAUGGUGGGCCGUUGCCCUCGGUGCCUCACCACGUGCCUGUGUCCAGCUUCAAUGGACAGAACAAGUAUACUGGUGGAAGCACCUCUGUGGAUCAGGCUAGUAGUAGCCAAAAAUCCAGCGUGGAAGCAACAGAAGGAAGAGUGGAGAACAAAGGUGUGGAUUUAGAUGCCGCAGCAGUAAGAGUCCAGCCCCCAGCUCAUCUUCUGCCCUCAUUGUUACCUCGUCAGCUUGUGCCGGUGCUGGCUCCUGUGCAGGCACUCUCCCAACCUGCUGGACAACCUGACCCUCUCUCUUCAAAGCCUCAGCCUGUCUACACAGACACAGACAUUGCUGAAGUGGUGGACGGGCUUGUGCAUGAUGUCCUCAAAGGAGAGUGCAAAGAAGUUGGCAGAGCAGGAGUGGCUUACGUGGCUGCCGCCAUCUGCACCUCGGAGGCCACUGUGGAGGAACUUCUGACUGAAGUGAUGGGGGAGAGCCUCAGACAAGUGGCUGGAAGCGUGCUUAGUGCAGAAAAGGAGCGUGUCAAAGAAGAAAGGCGCAGAGUGGAGGAAGAGAGGCAAAAGCAGGAAAGAGAACAGUUAAUAAAGCAGUUGAGCCAGUUGGUGGGUAUGGAGUUAAUGGAAGAAGUAAUAAAGGAGAGUGUUCAAGAAGUUUCAGCCAAUGAGUUAAAAUGUGCCUUAGAAAGAGACCAGCAAGCCCGUAUUGCCCGGUGUUCAGAAGAAGUCUGUGGUCACAUCAUGGACCUCUUUCUGGAGGAUGAGAUUUUCCAGAUUGCUAAGGAAACCCUUCAGGAGCUCCAGUGUUUCUGCAAGUACUUGCAACGGUGGAGGGAGGCAGUGGCAGCUCGAACAAAGUUGAAACGUCAAAUGAGGGCAUUUCCAGCUGCUCCCUGUUGCACGGAUCCAAAAAAUAAACUGAAAGCACUGUCCCCCAGUGCAGAGUGGCCUAUAGCCAUGGAGAACUUGUGCAAGAGAAUUGUAAACCUGGGGAACGGAGGAAAGCUGGGAAUCUCUUGCACGAGAUUGAAUUGGCUGAGAAACAAGACAGCGCAUGAAAUAAAAGUUCAGCACUUUUGCCAGCUAUUGUUAAGUGAUUUAGCUUGGACUCCCCUGGAUCUUGUCUCGUUAAUCGCUGAACAUCUUCCAGUUCAACAAGAACAGGUUUUUUGGAAGGUACUGUUGGUUUUGCCAAGCGAUGAGGAAUAUGCGGAGGGUGAUCCCAACAGGGUACUGGUGGAUUGGUUGAAAGCCAAAUUUAUGGGAGACGAAAGCUGGGAGAAAAAUGCUUCAGAUACAGAAGGUAGAAUUCAAACACUGACGCUAUUUAGUUCUCCUGGCACGCAAGGGAGCGGAAGCAUUAAAGUCAGUGUGUGUAUAAAGGUGGUACAUGGUGCGCUGUCCGACGCUGAGCUUGAUACAGCUGAGAUGCAAAAAGACUUGCUUGGAACCAGCGGUCUCAUUCUUCUCCUGCCCCCUCGAGUUAGGAGUGAAGAUGUUGCAGAAGAUGAUGUUUAUUGGCUUUCAGCUUUGCUGCAGUUGAAACAGUUGCUUCAGGCCAAACCUUUCCACCCAAUAGUUCCCCUGGUGGUUCUAGUCCCCAGUCAGGAAGAGGAGGCCACAGAGAAAGAAGUAGAAGAAGGUUUGAUGCUGCAGGACUUGAUUUCAGCCCAGCUUAUUUCAGACUACACCAUUGUUGAGCUCCCAGGUUCUAUCAAUGACUUACAAGGCACCAGAAGGAUCUCUGCGGCUGUGGGCUGGCUGGUUUCCCAGUGCCCUAAUUCCCUUGAGCUCUGCAGUCAGACCCUUCGGGAGUAUAUUGAGGAUGGGAUUGAUGGUGAAUUUGGCAAGCGCUUCUACCAUGACUGGAAGGAGAGGCGUUUAGCUGGCCUGCCAUCUCAGGAGCCUGGGGUCAUCAUAGAGCUGUACAACAGCGUGCUGCAGUUUCUUUCGGACGUGGCAUCCUCAGAGCACCUUUGUGACUUGUCUUGGCCUGUUACUGAGUUUUCAGAGCCUGGGGGUAACAAGCUGUUGCCCCACCUGCAGUGGAACAUGGCUGAUCACCUGGCCUGGCUGAAGAAAGCUGUGCUGUCCUUCCAGAUCCCGUACCUAGAUCUGCCUCCAUUAGGUGCUCCUUGGCAUCCUGUUUGCUGCAUGAUUUUUCAGUAUGUGUCUCAGAUUGCUAGUUCUUCCCAUACUCAACCACUGAUCCAGUCUCAAGUGGAGAAUCUGCUGAGCAAAACUUACCAGAAGUGGAAAACCAGAACAUCUGGGAACUCUGAUAACGAUGGACCUUCUGUUGAUGAGAUCCCUUGGGAUGAUAUCUUGGCAGUCUGCAUUGAUCAUAAACUGAGGGACUGGAAACCACCCAAGCUGCCUAUUGCUCCAGAAGCAGUAAGUGAAGAUGGUGAGAUUCGUGUGUACUUCUUCAAGGAGCAUUUAAAGAACUUCGUUCUCCCUCUUUCAUGGGAACAAGCCAGACUGCGCACGCAGGAGGAGAUCCGGCAAGGCCACGAGAGGUCAAGGGUAAAGUCUCCCAACUCUUUUAAGAAACCCUAUAGCAUCUCUGUGAUGCCAAGUCAAUAUGGUUCUGGCAUGAGCAUGCUAUCAGGUCAAGAAAAGAGCAUUCCCAGUGCAGAUGAAUUCACAGACACAGCCUCGGCCCCAGAGCUUCUCUCAGAGCGUCUGUUGGCGCAGUUGCAACUGGAGAAAAUAGAAAGCAGGAGGUUUGAAGAACAGUUGCACCAACGUCUAGCUGAGGACAUUGAGCCCCUUGGUGAUUUCGUAGGUCUUCCUCUCUACCUCCCCCAGUCUCUGGUCUCCACCCCAACUGUCACCCGUCCGUUGAUGAAGAGUCCCGUGUCAUCUGCUCAAGAGGCUGGGAGUCAAGAGGGAUGCAAGCUUUUGGUGGAUGAGCUAAGCCCCACGCUGUCAGACAGACUGAAACACUUGCAACGGCUCCUCAGAGCUAACAAGGAGGGUGAGGUUGCCUCUGAGCUCCACCUAUCUGCUCUGGUGGAUAUGGUAGAUAUUUGAGCAGAGCUGAGAUACAUGUGCAGACCGAGAGACUUGGUGAAGAAAUCCAGAUCCGGGUGAUUGAACAGAUAAGUUCCUGGGGCAUGUUCCAGGAAAAAGCAGGUGUCCUCCUGGGAGAAGAACACAGAGCAGACCUGGGGCCCGGGCCCUUCUCAUGUGGCUGCCUUCCACAGAGAUGGCGUGUUGUGGCUCCCUGUGUCCCUUUGGCCCGUUGCUGAGCUCUGGCUGGUCUGGGCCUCCCUCCUUUUCUGCUUCACAAGCAUGGAGACAAGUCAAAUCGUUUUCUUGGAAAGCCUUAUAUUGACACUUUGGUCAUUUUUCUUUCUACCAGCUCUCAUUGUGGGUAAAUGUAGCUUCACUAGGAGAAAGCUAUAAGGUAGCAGGAGCCCCUGGGAAGGUCAGAGCAAUUGCUUUCCAUAGUCACAGUCCCGAGAUGUUCCAGCUCUGCGCCUGCUUGCUUCGUGCAGAAGCUACCUCACAGCAGCACUGUGGUUUGAAGUUGCUGUUUUGCAACUGUUCUGUCUGACUGUUCUGUCAUUCUCGAGUCGGUGCAGUGCUUGGCCAUGUUUUGUACUUAAUGAUGCUCAGUGCAAAUCCAGAAGAAUUUUUGUGCUGCUGGGCCCAAGUUUUAUUGUAUUGAAUAUUUACGGCAUUAAAACCAGAUGAGUUGCUUAUUCCACAGAUUAGUUGUCAUGCUGGAAAGCAGGACACUUUCUUCAGUCUUCUGUAAACAGCUAUGGAGAAAUGAUUUUCCUUUUUUGGAAGAGCAGAUUACCUGCAUUCUCCAGUAUUUAAAAAGCUGUGGCUUUGGAAGUUGAAGACCUUUGUUUCUAGUUUAAUACUGAUUCCCAGUAAAUAGUAGGAAGACGUACUUCAUGUCUGCAGUACUCCUGUACAAGUCAUCUUCUUUUCUAAUACAAUAGCAGCAGAUUUUUCUCAGACAGAAACUUCUGCCUGGUGGAAUAAAAUUACUGCAGCUUCGGCAGUAAACACUGAUUAUCUUGCCUGCCAGAGACCAGUUGUCUGACUUGCUUCUAAUUUCAUUUGAAAUUCUCAAUAGUCCAAAACUCAGCUGCCUUCCAAAAAAGUAAUUUUAUAGUUGGGUUUUUUUAUAGCAUUUAUAUUAUUUCUCUUAAAUCUAGAAUAGCAAUAGUAGCUUGAUACUAACUUGAAAUAAGAGAUUUAAACUGAAGAAAUGAUGCUUUGAGGCUGUUCACACUUUUGUUGGGCUGAGUUGUGUUAACUUUGACUGGUUGCGUGCAAAGCGAAGCCUGUGUGCUGCUCUCCGCUAAGCUUUACCCCAGUGCUGCCGUUGGUCUUCUCACUUUACCUGGAAUUCCCCUGUAAAAACCCAAAACUGUUUUGGGACGCGGUUCACACCGUCUGCUGUAAAUGUGUUUUGUACCUAAUAAAUUUUUGGUGGCUUGA